AUUUGCUGCGCACACUCCCGCGCGUUCCCUUUGUGUUAUUUUCGGGCAGAAUCACCGUUCAAAGCUUUAAAUAGGACCGACUUUCCGACAAAGAAGGUAGUUUGCAACAUCGUUUCUACAUGCUGGAACAUCGCAGAAUAUUCACCAUGCCUUCCGAAUGCAUCGCCAAUCCAUUACAGCGUGAGUUGGCCGAUGCCAUUAUUCGGUUACAAUCGCUCGACGAAAUUCGAAUCUUACUGGCGUGUGGGGCAAAGGUGAACGAGCCUGUGACCCAAGGCCUGAGACCGUUACAUUACGCGGUAUGGCAGAGGUACACAGAGGCGGCCCAGCUGUUGUUGGUACGUGGCGCGGACAUCGAUGCGACCGACGAAUGUGGCUAUUCGGCAUUGCAUCUUGCCGCCGAGCACGGUUACUUCGAUUUGGUUAAAUUGUUGCUUGAGCAGGGUGCAAAAGUCGAUCAUAGAGAGGAAACGGGAGAACUCUUUCCAAGGACAACGUUAUGCGACGAACCGCUGCGGCUCGCUUUGAGAAAUCGACAUAUCGAAGUGGCCAGAAUCCUGCUGGAAGCCGGCGCGAAUCCGAACAAAAGGUAUUUCUUCGGAUCGGAGAUUAAUCUGGUCUCUCCGGUGGAUCUACAAUGCAUGGAAUUAUUGUUAGCUUUCGGGGCUCAACCGAAUACACGAGACCGUGCUGGGUUGACACCAUUGAUGAAAGCAGCGAGAUUGCCCCAGGGCAUAGCUUCUGUGCUGCUUCUGUUGAGCUACGGAGCGGAUGUUAAUUCGAUGGCCGACGUGCGACACGAUUACCGAACCGUCCUCCAUUACGCGAUCCUUGGUGGUGAUCCGACGGUGAUCGAUUUGUUGUUGAAGCAAGGCGCUCGACUCGAUCUUGGUCCCGAGUAUCAGAAACCCACGGCUCUCGAUCUGGCGAUAUUGAAAGGAGAUCCCUCGAUUGUUCAAAAACUGUUGGAAUCGGGCGCUGACGUAAAUGCUACUUCGCCAAUCAUCGGCUCGCCUCUCCACGUUGCUUGCGCGGACAACAUUCCGAACAGAUUGGAGAUUUUAUCGAUGUUGUUGGAACGAGGAGCGGACCCGAACUUGGUGAUACGGAGCGACGAAGGUCCAGCAUUGCGGCCAGUUCUCGCCGAGUACGUCGCUUCAAACGAGAAUCCCUCGGUAGAAGUGGUAGCCCUGUUGCUUAAAUACGGGGCGCGAGUUGUCAUCAAGACGCAGUUCCGCGAUCCUCACGGUAUAUUGAACUCCCUUCAGAACACGGCUGAUAAACCACGGUUGCUUAAGGCAUUGUUGGAAGCAGCGGAAAGCUUCGAUCCUUGUAUGAUAAGAAGAUCGAGCAGUUUGACAGACGCGCAAAAAGAACUUGUCAUGGAAGCGGCGCGAACACCGUUGCCUUUAACCCACCAAGCAAGAUUAAUAGUACGUAAGCUUUGCGGUACCAAGCUGCCCAAGAUUGUACGAAAAUUACAGCUGCCUCAGUCGCUGCACCGCUACCUUCUCUACGAUUUCCAUUGAGAUAAUUGCUCGAUUGAGUUUUCGUCGCGAAUGUGAUCCUUCACAUUAAAAAUGACGUGUUCCUUCUCCUUGUUCGUUUCGCUCAACUAUCAUCAUUGGCAUUCUCUUUCGUUACGUUACCUCUUAUUACAGUAUUUAUUCGUUAUACGCUUGUGCUCUUUUUUAUAUAUAUAAUAUGAUCGAGAAUCAUCCCUACCAAU